GGGAAGGACUCGGACUGCAGCGCUCACAUAUGUGAGAGAGUUUCAGACACAUGCCUCACAUAUGAAGAGAGAGCAAGCCACUCAAGCAGAGUGAUUUACAUUGUUUGGAAUAAGACACGAGCGGAGCGGACCAUCAUAGAGAGGAGACAGUACAGAGAAGAACAUUCCUGCCAUGCCCGGUUCCCCAGUGGAUGGAAAGACUCAUUCCAGACCAACCGUCUCCGUCAUGCCCCCUCUACCCUCCGUCAACCCCAGCGGACCUCGACCGGCGGCCUUCUCCACCACAGCAUUGACUAAUGGGAUCAAUCACUCCCCGCCGAUGCUCAACGCCAUUCCCUCGCCGCCUCAGCGCUACAGCAACGGCCCUUCAUCAUCAUCUUCCUCCUCUCUGGCCAACCAGCAGCUUCCAGCCACCUGCGGCGCGCGACAGCUGAGCAAACUCAAGCGCUUCCUCACAACACUGCAGCAGUUCGGCAACGACAUCUCGCCCGAGAUCGGAGAGAGCGUCCGAAACCUGGUGCUGGCGCUGGUGAACUCCACCGUCACCAUUGAAGAGUUUCACUCCAGACUGCAAGAAGCUACAAACUUCCCCCUGAGGCCCUUCGUCAUUCCCUUCCUGAAGGCGAACCUGCCGUUACUGCAGAGGGAGCUUUUGCACUGCGCUCGAGCCGCCAAACAGACUCCAGCGCAGUAUCUGUCCCAACACGAACACCUCCUGCUCAGCACCAGCGUCCCGUCGCCCGCAGACUCCACCGAACUACUGCUGGAGCCCAACGAGAGCAGCAAACGCCACAGUCCUAACAGAAGUAAAGAGAAUGGAUUUCAUGAGCGUCCUCCCGCCUCCCUGGAGCCUCCUGCCAAACGAAUCUGCACCAUUAGCCCCGCCCCCAGGCACAGCCCCGCCCACCCACUGCAGCUCCCCGCCCAGAUCCACCCGACUCCGCCCCCUCUGCAGCACUACGCACUGGAUGACAUCAGCACACCUCACCUGUACAGAGAACCGCAGCGGAUCCUGGAGCUGAGGGAGCUGAAGGAGCGGCCGCGGCUGACGGGCAGUAACGGAGGCUACCGUGAGGAACCUGUGGACCACAGACUGACGGACAGAGAGUGGGCUGAAGAAUGGAGACAUCUGGAUCAUGUGCUGAACUGCAUUGUGGACAUGGUGGAGAAGACGCGGCGUUCGGUGAGCGUUCUGCGGCGCUGUCAGGAGUCCGACCGCGAGGAGCUCAAUUACUGGCGGCGACCCUCCAACCCACACGACGACGGGCGCAAGAACGGAUCGGCUGCAGGGAACGUCCCAUUCAGCAAGACACACAGCCCUCUGUCAGCAGAGGGAGUCAACACAGACUCUCAGAGGGAUCUUCCCCUGCGCUCCGGCUCUGGAUACAUGCCUGAUGAGAUAUGGAGGAAAGCCGAGGAAGCGGUGAACGAGGUGAAGCGUCAGGCGAUGGACGAGGUGCAGAAGGCCGUCACCGAGGCCGAGCAGAAAGCCUUCGAGAUGAUCACCGCCGAGAGAGCCAAGAUGGAGAAAACCCUCGCCGAGGCCAAGAGGAAAGCCACCGAAGACGCCAUACAGGUCAUCAACGAGCAGGAAGACUCCAGCGAGUGCUGCUGGAACUGCGGUCGGAAGGCGAGCGAGACGUGCAGCGGCUGUAAUGCGGCGCGUUACUGCGGCUCCUUCUGUCAGCACAAGGACUGGGAGCGACACCAUCUCAUCUGCAGCCCGGGGCUCCAGACGCAGCCCAAAUCCAUGCCACGCAUCCUGGCCAAAGCUCCGGAGAGCGGCCCGGUCCCGAGUCCAGGCCUGGAGAAGACCUCCAGAGCGUCCACACCAGCCACCCCAGCCUCGUCCUCCUCCAUGCCAGACGCCAGCGGACACUGAGAGCCAAGGACUCAAUGAAAGAGGAGUUUAACUGCUGGAUGUGACUGAAGCAGGACAGUCACACACUUUUCCAGUUUAUGGACAGGAGGACGUGUUUUGGCAUCGCUUGGUGUGACUCAGCUUGCUUAUUUGUGACCCUGGACCACAAAACCAGUCAUAAGGGUCAAU